AUGGAGUUGACUUCAGCAGUUAUGGCAGCCCGUCUCACAGAUUCUGUAUUACGUGAGUUGAAUAUCAAGGAAGUUUGUUACUGGACAGACAGCCAGACUGUUCUUAAGUAUUUACAGAGUGAUACCAGAAGAUUUAAAAUGUUUGUAGCUAAUCGUGUUUCUACUUUAUUGGACUUGACCAAAGUUUCACAAUGGAGAUACGUCAGAACGGCUGACAACCCAGCGGAUGAAGCCUCUAGAGGCCAAGGUAUUGAUGAUUUCUUGCGAAAUAAGCGAUGGAUCAAUGGGCCUGAUUUUCUUGAUCAACAUGUUGAGCAGCACAUAAACCCACAGGAAUGUUUGGUUGAAAUUGAUGAGAAUGACCCAGAAGUCAAGAAGGUUUCCAAUGUGGUUGUAACCAAAAACCAGUGCAGUUUCCUAGACGGAUUGAUCUCCAGAUGCUCAAGCUUCAUGAAGCUGAGGAAUGUAGUGGGUCUAGUUUUAAAGUUUGUCAGAAGAGCAAGAAAGAAUCAAUCAAAGAGCAAUGGUGUUGAUCAAUUGGAGGCCGCAGAGAGGUUCAUUAUAGUUCAUGAACAACAGAAACAUUUUGCGGCGGAGUUAACUGCCUUGAAGAAUGGGGAGAAGAAAUCGAUAACUUCGGUAAUGAAAGCUAGUCCCUUGCGUAAGCUGGACCCUAUGGGGGAAGACUGA